UAGGAGAGGAUCGCCGCGUUCGUUUUCACUGCUGACUGUGUGUGUUUGUGUAUUUAUGUGCAUCAGUGAUUUUUCUAUGUUGUGUUUGCAAGGCUCACGGCGAUGGGGCAGAGGUGAAGUGUUUUAAAGAAUGGUGCAACGACGACGCAAUGCAACCGUGCAUCGAAGAGCAUCGAUGUGCGAAUGUGAGCUCAUGAUGGUGUCGGAGUAGGAGUGACGAAAAGGAAAAGAAAGAAGCAAUAGCAAAGCAAAAGCAAUAACAAAAGUCCCACAAACAAGUGGGAUGUUCGUCGUUCCCGCGCCCGUGCAGUGACAAAGUGACGAGAAGUACAACAAAAUUGUAGCUUACAGCGCGUAAAAUCAACGAAACGACAAAGUAUCCUUCAGCAAAAUGACGGUCUGGAGCCGAUUACCUUCCAACUUGCUCGCUAUCGCGAAAGCGAACUACAGUGCACCGUCCAAGCAGCACCACAUCGACCUGGACGUCGGCGAUACGGUUGUGAUCGAGCAGGAGUCUUUCCACUGGUACUACGGCCACAACUGCUACUCGGGCGAGCGGGGCGUCUUCCCGAAGGCGUACGUGCAUCGGGUGGACAGUAAGACGUCCCGCGAUGGCGACCUGGUGAUACAGCGCAGCGAGAUCGUGGAGGAAAUCACGACGGUGUUGCGCGAGUGGCAGUUUCUCUACCGUCGGCUCUACCUUUCGACGCAUCCUUCGUUCAAGCAGGUCCAGAGCAAAAUGCUGGAGCUGAUACGGUUGCGGUCGCAGCUGCUGUCCGGCAAUCUGCCGGUCGACGAGAUGAAGAACAUCAAGCUGAAGGCGACGAGCGAGAUCGACACGGGCAACAAAAUACUCAACCUGGACAUGGUGGUGCGGGACGAAAGUGGCAACAUACUGGACAUCGAGCGGACGUCCACGACGCAGCUGUACGAGCAUCAUCUGAAUGCGGUCGAUCGGAUCAAGCGGGCGAAUACGUCCAACAACAAGAGCCGCAACCAGGACAUCGUGAACCGGCACGCGCACAAUCUGCUACUUUCGGUGCACAACUUCGUGUGCCGGUUAAGCGAGGACACGGAGAUUCUGUUCACGCUGUACGAUGGCGACGAGAUGCGUGCCAUCACCGAGAACUAUGUGGUUCGGUGGAGCCGCCAGGGGAUGGCGGCCGAUUUGGAUCAGUUCAACAACAUCAAGGUGCUGUUCACGGACCUCUCCGGGAACGACCUGAGCCGCAACCGGAUCUACCUGGUCGCGUACGUCGUCCGGAUCGGUGCCAUGGAUGGCAAGGAUACGGAUCUGCGGCGCAGUAGUAUGGCCAAUUCGACCGGUGCGGCUGGCUCGGGAACACCCUCCUCGACAUCGCUGUCCAGCAUCGGGGCGAACGAGUACCACAUGCGCCGCCCGUUCGGUGUAGCGACACUGGACCUGCGGCCGAUCAUCAAGCGAUCGGAAGAUUUCAAGAGUGACACCCAGCUCAAAAUGCCGUUCAUACCGUGCGAGAAGGAACCGCUGGAGACGACACUGCGCAAGCUGAUCACCAACAAGGACCUGGGCGAGAAGAGUGACGCGGCCAUUUGGAUCAGCGUGGACAUACUGUACGGCGAUAUCAAGCAGGUACGCGACGAGUAUCCGCACCUGGUGCUCGGAAACGUGGCAUUCGCGCGCAAGAUGGGUUUCCCGGAGGUGAUCUUCCCGGGAGACGUACGGAACGACCUGUACCUCACGCUGGUGUCGGGCGAGUUCUCCAAGGGCUCGAAGACUAGCGACAAAAACAUCGAGGUAACGGCGUACGUGUGCAAUCGGCAGGGUGUGGCAAUUCCCGGUGUUAUCAGCAACGGAGGCGGAGGUGGAUCGUUGAACGAGUACAAGUCGGUGAUCUACUACCACGAAGAUCGGCCGAAGUGGAGCGAAACGUUCAAGAUUGACGUGCCGAUCGAGGAGUUCAAGCAGUGCCAUCUGAGGUUUACUUUCAAGCACCGCAGCUCGAACGAGGCGAAGGAUCGCUCGGAGAAACCGUUCGGGAUGGCGUACGUGCGGCUGAUGAAUGACGACGGUACGACGCUGCAGCACCGCCGCCAUACGCUGCUGGUGUACAAGAUCGACCACAAGAAGUAUGACGAGGAGACGCAGUACAACUACAUGAGUCUGCCGUCGCUGGCCGACGAUCUGCCGACCGGUGGUUCGAAGCCGUCCAUCGCCGGGUUCAGUUUGGCGUCGAAGGACAGCUUCAUCAUCGAGACGAACCUGUGCAGCACGAAGCUUACGCAGAAUGUCGACAUCCUGGGGCUGCUGAACUGGUCGUCACGCAAGGAGAAGAUGGAGGAAUCGCUGAACGCGCUGAUGAACGUCCGUUGCGAGGAGGUGGUCAAAUUUCUUCAGGACAUCCUGGAUGCACUCUUCAACAUACUCGUAUCGAACGACGAUCCGGACAAGUACGACAACCUGGUGUUCAAGUGUCUCCUGCGCCUGAUUGAGAUCGUGUAUGAUCUCAAGUACCAGCACUUCCAGUCGGUACUGGAUCUGUACAUCAACGAAAGUUUCUCCGCCACGUUGGCCUACGAAAAGCUCAUCAAUGUGGUGCAAACGCACAUUCGGAACGCCAUCAACAACAUCGUCAAGGAUCGGGCCACAUCCAAUAUUUACCUACUGAACGAAAACGAUGAGGCGCUGUAUCGGACUACCAAAUAUCUGCAGUACAUCAUGAAGUUUAUCAUCCGCUCCCGGCUGCUGUUUGCCAAACUCAACCACGACAAGGACCGGGAGCUGUUUGAGGCAAGCCUCGAGGAGCUGCUGGAAUCGUUCUCCGAGCUGAUCUCGUACAAGAACGAUCUGCUCAAGUCGCAGGGCGCCAUGCUGAAAUAUCUGCACAUCAUAGCGUCGGAUCUGAUGCAAGUGUACGAUCCGGUAAAGCUCAGCCAGAAGAUAGUGGACAUUAUCAUGAACGUGCCGCCAGGCCGGUUAAAUCAAUCGAAGAUGACGUGCAUCAAGGAUGUGGUCGACUCGAAGCUGUUCAAGUUGCCCCAGUGCCGGGCAAUCUUGUUGCCAGUGUUUUGCCGACAGAUCAAGGACAAGCUCGAAAGCAAGGAAGAGGGUGACUUUAUGUUCGACAUACGGCAGCAGGAGAAAAAUCUUACCAAAGCAGCUAGAGUGCUUGGGGAGAGCAAGUCCCAGCUUCAUACGCGUGAAACCACCGCCAAAACGAAGGUGGCCGAAUGCGUCAACAUCAUGAGCAACAUGCUGGAGUUGCUGUUCCACAGCGAGGAAGAUAUCGGUUCGGUGGAGAACGACGUCCGGGACAUCAUGCUGAUCCUGCUGCGCACCGUGAUCACGAGCUCGAUCGCGAUGGAUCGAAGUAACCCCCUCGUUGGCAACCUGGUCGCGAUCAUGCUCGGAAUCUUCCGCAGCAUGACCGAGACACACUAUCAGUGUUUCGUGCGCAGUUUCCUCACGAGCUACGAGCUGCUGGACUUCCUCACCGAGAUACUGCUCGUGUUCCAGGAACUAGUCUCGAAGCCGGUCUUCCCGGCCGACUGGCUGGACAUGAUCAUGCACCAGAACACGGUGAUCCUCGGUAGCCUGCGCCACUUUGCCGCCAUCAUCAUGGGGCAGUUCUUUAGCCCGUUUGAGCGGCAAGUUUGGUCGAACUACUUCCAGUGUUCGAUCACGUUCCUCACACAGCCGGCGCUUCAGCUGAACCGGUUCAGCAAGACCAAGCAGUCGGUGAUCCGGGCGAACUACCGUGAUAUCCGCCGGGAGACGGUGUUCGAGAUACGGAAGAUGUGGUUCAAUCUGGGCGAGCACAAGAUUAUGUUCGUGCCGCGGUUGGUCGGGCCAAUACUGGAGAUGAGCAUGAUCCCGGAGGAGGAUCUGCGUCGGGCGACGAUACCGAUCUUCUUCGACAUGAUGCAGUGCGAGUAUUAUAGCUCGCGGUACGCGAUGGAGAGCUACGGCGACACGAAGCGCAACACGGCGCACAUUAAGGGUAACUUUAAUGACUUCGAGAAGGAGAUCAUCGAAAAGCUGGACCACUUUAUCGAGGGUGGGUACGGCGACGCGGAAUAUAAGGAUCUGUUCUUCGAGAUCAUGCACGAGUCGUGCAGCAACCACAGCACGCUGCAAACCCACGGUGUCCAGUGCGUGCAAGUGCUGACGCAGCUGAUGGAAAAGCUGCUGGAGUACCGCUGCCUAAUCCACGACGAAAGCAAGGAGAACCGGAUGGCAUGUACGGUCAGUUUGCUGCAGUUCUACUCGGAUGUGAAUCGAAAGGAAAUGUACAUCCGGUACGUAGACAAGCUGUACGAGCUGCACAUGGAGUUCGACAACUUCACCGAGGCGGCGUACACACUGAAGCUGCACAGCAACGAACUGUACUGGGACGAGACGCCGCUGUCGCUGCUGUUGAAAUCAAAGCGCCACUAUCUCGCCUGCCAAACGCACCGUACGCUCAAGGAGCAGCUGUACCGCAGUAUGAUCGAUCUGUUCGACAAGGGCAAGAUGUGGGAGUGUGCGAUCGACCUGUGCAAGGAGCUGGCGCAGCAGUACGAGAACGAGGUCUACGACUAUCUCAGUCUGGCCGAGUUGUACAAAAAGAUGUCGCUGUUCUACGAGAACAUCCUGCGCACGACGCGGUACGAGUCGAUCUACUACCGGGUUACCUUUUUCGGGACCGGCUUCCCGGAGUUCCUACGCAACCGGGCGUUCGUGUAUCGUGGCAAUGAGUACGAGGAUGCCGGUUCGUUCAAUAUGCGCAUCCUUAGUCAGCACCCGCGGGCCGAGCUGCUGCCGACGUUAACGCCCGGGCCGGAGAUCCAGCAGUGCGAGGGACAGUUUGUGCAAAUCGUUAAGGUGGAUCCGGUUAGCCGCGACAUACGCUUUGGGGGCAAGAACACGCAAACGAUCGCGUCCAACAUUGUGAAGUUCUACAAGUCGAACAAUGUGAGCGAGUUCCAGUUUUGCCGCCCGAUACGGGAGAGUGGUGUCGGAGGGGACGACAUCGCUGGGACGUUCUACGAGCGAACGAUCAUGCGAACGACCGAUCCCUUGCCCGGUAUACUGCGGUGGUUCCCUGUGAAAUCCUCUGAAACUGUGAUGAUAUCCCCCAUCGAAAUGGCCAUCGAAACGGUGGAUGCUAAGAAUCGAGCAAUUCGGGAGCUGGUGCUUGAGCAUCAGAAUGAUCCGCGGAUACCGGUCCACUCGCUGAGCGCCGUUAUCAAGGGUGUAGUCGAUGCCGCCAUUAACGGCGGUUUGCCGAUCUACGAAGAUGCAUUUCUUACGCCGGAAUAUCUCGAGAAUCACCCGGGCGAUGAUCAUCUCGUUGCACGUCUGAAGGACCUCAUUGCGUCACAGAUUCCGCUUCUCGAAGUGGCGCUACUGCUACACAAGAUGAAAACACCCGCCAUUCUGUUGCCAUUCCACGAACAGCUGGAGAGGUGCUUCGCCUCGAUACAGGCGAACGUGGAGGCGAAGUACGGAAAACGGGUGACCGACAUCAAAAUCGACCGGGACGCGGAGGUUACCCUCCGGCGCCACAUCUCCACCAACCAACCGCAGAUCAGCAUGGAUUCUAGUCGACUGUCGGAAACGAGUAUUGGUUCGUCUGACAGCGGAAUCUCGAAGAACCAAAACAGCCGCCCGACGACAACCAGCUCCGGAGGAUUCAAAAGCACCAUCGCCAAUCUGGCCAACUUCAAUACGGUCAAUCUAGCGAGAACUUCCCUUGGCACGUCGCCCGGAUCGAAGACAAAAAAGGAUAAAACGCUCACCAAACGUCGAUCGAGCCGUAAGAUGGAUCGCGAGUCGCUGAGUUUGUCGGUUUCAAAUAGUCAGUUCUAUACCAGUCCCAUAUCUACUGCGAGCGAGCACAGUUCCAGCAUCGUGUCCUCCGAUCGGGACAGUGGUGGCCCGGUGAGCCUUUUAUCCACCGGUGUUUCGUCGAUGACGAUCACGACGGCAACAACGCCAACCAAUGCGGCACCAGUUUUUGAGUUAACCGAGGAGCUACAUCCAAAGCGACCGCUUCGCUCGGAGGUAGAAAAGGAAAAGCGCCUAUCGAGGCCACCCAGCAUUGCCACACCGACCAUGAGCAGCAAGUCGAUGGCGGGCGCAACGAAUGCCAACGGGAGCAUCCUCCCGGGCGACACGCACUCGAUCGAAUCGGCUGACAGCAGUAGCAACCGCAACUCGAUCAUUACGAACGGUUCGACGACGUCGGAGGAGGACAGUAGUGUCCCACCACCUCUUCCAUUGAAGACGCGCAACGAUGCCGAUUACUUUAAUCUUGCCGGCAAGGCCGCCAACUUGACGGAUCAGCAGCGCCAUCAUUUCCAACCGUCGUACGGCAUCGGCUCACCGCAACCCAACAAUGCGAGCCACUACAUAACGUUUAAACCCAUCAUGACGCAGGGUGCGACCGGUGCGCCCGGUGUGGUGGCCAUGAAUGCCUCAUACGAUGUGGUUGAAACGCGAAACCAUAGCGUCAUCGUGAUUAACUCUUCGUCCGUUUCGACCGUGCGUUCCCCGGGCGGUUGCAGCAGUCCGCCUCCCGGAGCGUACGACGAUCGGAAACGACCACCGACGCCCCCUCCAAAGCCAGCCAGGAAUUCGAAGCAUUGACACACGCCAUAUUUGGUGGAUCUUUCGUUUACACCGACCUUAUUUAGGUUGCUUUUGAGGCCAUUUUGAUUUCCGCCGAUUAUUGGAAAACGGGAAAAUUAAAAAACGAAACAAAUGUUAUCUCCUCCGAGAGAUUCCUACCUGUUUCUAUCCUACUUUGAGCCAGAUUUGGAGGGAGGUAAAAACACAUGACGAGCACACCGGAAAGGGACAAGAAAAUAGGGAAAGAAAACCCUGCAUUAGGCCGGCCUAUAAACCGUUAGGUGUGACUAUUGUGUGAGAUGGGAACCUAAAGCAAGAAAACACACAGGGAUGCUCUAGCUAGACAAAAGUAGAGGGUUUUUAUGUAAACAAAAAAAGACUUUAUAGUGCUAGAAGGAAGCUUAGUAAAAUGUAGUGCUAAGGACAAUGUAGGGUAAACUAUCAAAGUUUGAACAAUUAGAAACAUUAAAAUCAACAAAACAAAAAGAAAAUGUACCAUACACGAACUUGCAUGAGGCAUGGAAGGAUGAAGACGAAAGCUAUCCACUUGACGAUGUGCUUUCUCUUCUUCUACCCACUGGGUGUAUGUAGCCUACUAUGUUCUCGUACAGGUGUACAGUGAAAGCGUGACGCGUUUGUACGGUUGGCAUUUCGAAGGUGACAAAACAUGAUCCGCUAGGCCAUAUAUUCUUAUGUUGGUAAGGUUUCUGGUUCAGUUCUGCUUACACAUGUCUAUCCUUUUAUUUAAGUAUAAUCCGCACUCCGUUGGAUGCACGUGCCGAAGAAGUCUUCCGGCAUCAUAAAUAAGAUGUGGUAGAGUUGCAUAGGUCGAUGGACAAAGUAUUUACUUUCGUUUUCGUUUAGUUAGUUAGUAAGCAUGCAAGAAAAGUGACACUAUUUCGGAAUGACCAAAGAUACAUGUAUAACCUCCGCUUCACAGUGUUAACAAAAUUGAUAUGGCAAUGAUAGGAAAUCAAAAAAAAACUCAAGCAGGUUGCUUUAUGCAUUAUAGAGCUACUUAAUUUACUUACGUUUGGGAGACAGUUUCGACGUCGACGACGAAGAACAGAACAGGCAAUACUUACAAGCGAUCAAUGUUGAUAGUUCAAUUAAAUAUGUUCCAUCUCGGAUGCGUAUUUGUGGUUCGGUGUAGUUAUUACCUGCACGGCACGUAGUGAAUAGAUGUCGUCGUGCCGCAAAGCAAUUUUAUUUAUAGACCAAAUAUUCGAUGCAAUUAUUUACCUAAGGAAGAAGACAAAACGGCACGAUCGAUCACGCUGCAAUUAUGUAUACAUUUGUAAUAUAAAUUAUGAAAUAGAGUCUAUGUUUAUCAAUGACCAUUA